AGCCGCGGGCGAGCGGACGGAGGCCAGAACCCUACCAAAACCCUACCCCUCCUCCUCCUCCUCCGCCCCAGCCGCCCGGUUCCGCCACCCAGGGCUCCGGCCGGCCAGGAACGCCGACCUCGCUGGCUUCUUCCCCUUCCUCCGCACCGCAGCCGCAGGACAAUGAGUUUGCCGAGGAACUGUGAGUCAAGGAUUUCAUCAGCACGGUUUAGAGGCCAGAGCCUAGUUCCCAAUCCCGAGUCUAUCGUGCAGGAUGGACCGACAUGCACAUUUUACGCAAUUAUUGCAUGCGCGAUCAUGCAGCUCCGACUAACCAUGUUCAAGUUGGGCCUCAUAUGCAACAUCUUCUUUGAUGCGCGUUCUUUCGUUUCUCAGUAUGUCAGGAGGUAUGGACCACUUGAUUGUGAUCCUGGCCCAAGGGAGAAACGGGCUCUGAUCAUGUUCAGGGAUGAAGGCAUACCAGCAUACGACUUCUCUGGUAGCCCUCCAUUCAUCCCCAGACUGAUGAAGAUCAAGGAGUUUACAUCCUUCCCUCCUUUGCCCGAUCCCUCUAGGCCAGGUUCUCAGCUUGUCUUGACUUUUGAGUUCGUUGCUUACCUGAUUCAGCAAGGAAGACCCGUGCUUGGAAGUUUCCCUGUCCGGUUAGAUAAGGACAGUCAGGGUUUUACAGAGUUUGACAAGUUGGGUGAUAAUAUAUAUGACUACUGGUCACCGACACUGCCUUGCGACCCCAACCUGCAGCCUGCAACCCACCUUGUCACUUUUGUGGAUUAUGGUAAGGCUGAAGAUAGACCGUUCUUAAAGUUUGUGAACACUCACGGCCGGACAUGGGGAGCGGAUGGGUUUGGCAAGAUAUUCUUCAGUUCUAUCUAUCAGAGAGACGACACUUUCUGUUUCCACGUCCUGUCAUUCGAUGAGCCCUUACCUUCCUCUUCGCCCCCGUCACAUACGGCCAUCAGUGAUCGGUUCACACUGCCGCCACCACCUACAGUGCAACCGCCAUUUCGCGGUUGGCAUGGUAUUCAAAUCACUGAACCCAUCUAUGAGGCUGUGCAAGUGAGGAAUGUAAAGGUCGCUAAAAUCUCCCUAAGUGCAGCUGUGCAGGACCGUGAGGAGUUAUUUUCCUUUUCAGGAGACACUGAACAUGUGGAUAUGCAGAGUCAUGAUGAAGUGUCUCAAGGCGCAUAUGUGACCUCCAAAUAUGCACAAGGAGCGCAUACCUUACAUCUUCCUUCGCCUGCUCCCGAACAUCAGCCGCGCCCUACUGCCUCUGUUCCACCGGUGAGAACUGUGAAGGUCGCGCAUGUCUCCCUAAGUGCAACUGUGCAAGAUAUUAAGGAAUUCUUUUCCUUUUCAGGAGAUAUAACAUGUCGAUCUGCAGAGUGGUGAUGAGUGGUCUCAAAUUGCGUAUGUUGCUUUCAAAGAUGCACAUGAAGUAGAGGCUGCAGCUCGUCUUUCGGUGAGCAAAUGAAAGGCUCAACCUGCUGUAUUGGUGCCUGCCCGGAGUCUGUGUUGUAUUCGUCAACCUGUUGUAUUGGUGCCAACAAAAACAAGCCAUCCUGCCUCUGCAUCAAAACAACUGUUAACAUUUUCCCUUUUGUAGACUGGGAAAUCUGCUAGCUACUGACCACAAAUCAUUCAUCCUGAGUUAGAAUUAGCAUGAACGCAUGCUGUUUACUGUA